AUGUCCAAGCGUCUAAUUUCGUCCGCUCUUUGUCUCCUCCCCCUAUUUGCGCGCAUUGUACGCGCCGAACCCGCGAUGGACCUAUCUGUCAAUGCUGCGUCGUUCAACCCCUCAUUUCCCUAUGGUAGCGAGAAGGUUCGCGGUGUCAAUCUUGGUGGUUGGCUCGUUCUCGAGCCAUGGAUCACCCCUAGCUUAUUCGACGAUACCGGCAAUGAUGCUAUUGUCGACGAAUGGACGUUCUGCCAGUACCAGUCCAACUCUGUAGCCAAGUCCAAGCUGCAGUCACACUGGGAUAGCUGGAUCACCGAGCAAGACUUCUCCGACAUCGCCGCGGCUGGUCUCAAUCACGUCCGUCUUCCCAUCGGUUAUUGGGCUUGGGACGUGCAAGGCGACGAGCCGUACGUCCAAGGCCAGCUUCCCUAUCUCCGCAAGGCCAUCGGGUGGGCGAAGAAUCACAACCUCAAGGUCAUCAUCGACCUACACGGUGCACCGGGAUCUCAGAACGGUUACGACAACUCGGGCCACCGUCUCACGGACACCACCGGCCCAACUUGGCAAACAUCGCAGAAUAAUGUUGAUCGCACGAAUGCUGUUCUCAAGAAGAUUGCCGCCGAAUUUGGCAGCCAGUCCGAAACGGCACCCAUCAUCGCGCCGUUGAAUGAGCCAGCCGGAUACUACAGCACGCAGCUUCUUGACACGACCAAGCAAUACUGGAAGGACUCGUACGGUAACAUUCGUGAACAAUCAAGCAACACCGUAGAGCUCAUCCACGAUGCCUUCAUGAACGUCUCGUACUGGGCGGACUUCAUGCCAAAGCCCGCAUUCCAGGGCGUUGCGAUCGACACGCAUAUUUAUCAGGUGUUCUCGGACGCUGAGAACGCACGCUCGCAGCAGCAGCACAUCGACAACGCUUGCCAGAACGGCCCGAAGCUCGCGGAUUUCAACAACAAUCAGCUUUGGACGAUUGUUGGCGAGUGGACGCCGGCUAUGACGGACUGCGCUAAGUAUCUGAACGGCCGCGGCGUCGGUGCGCGCUAUGAUGGUAGCUUUGAGGGUUCGGCCGGCGUCGGCAGUUGCAAGGACAGGACCGGCAGCAUCUCGGACUUGUCCAGCUCAUACAAGACCUUCCUGCGCAAGAUGUUCGAGGCUCAGACGAGCGCCUUCGAGCAGGGAAGCGGAUGGGUGAUGUGGACCUGGAAAGCAGAGGAUGCUGCGGACUGGACUUACCAGGACGGUCUCGAUGGUGGUUGGAUUCCGCAAGACCCCACCGACCGCAAGUACCCGAACAUCUGUGGCUAG